UAAAUGUGCAAUGUGCAAAAAAAUAAUGUUCUUAAGACCCACCCCGUGUUUAUCACCGGGCGUAGGGUCGAAGGAGCCGGUUAUAUACUUAUAUGAAAAGUAAAAGGAUGUAAUGUGAACAAAAUUCAAACUAAAGGGGUCUUAUGUGCUAUUUAUCCAAAAACAAAUGGCUCAAAUGGAAAAAUAAAAGUUUUUAGUAGCCCACGCCAAGCCCAUGCCAAAGCCCAAUUAUGUUUUCCAGCUCUGGCAUAUUUAGAAAUUAAACUAUAUAAACAAAAAAAAUAAAGAAAGAAAAACAAUUCCUUACAAAUCCACCAGCCGCCGGCGCCGGCACCACCAGCCGCCGCCACACCGAUGGCUUGAUGGAUCCUCAUUUAAAUAUGACUUAUAGAGAAGAAGGAAAUUUAGAGAUAGAGGCCGGGGCCAAAACACAAUCGUGUCGUAAAAAUUUAGUGGUGGAAAUUCUUCGGUAUCUCCGAGGCAAAAAUUUAGUAUGCAUGUCUGAAUUUUGAUAAUAAUCUGAUGGGUGAAAAUCUUGGGGGAUUUUUCGAAAAUCUCUCUCAUAUGUUUGACUUUGAAUGUUGAGACCGAGAUUAUGACAGAGACUCCUUGUGUUCCUCAAGGCUGUGACAAUGGUAGAGGGACAAGAAUCGAGGCAUUUAUUUGUCGAAUUUUGAGUAGUGUUGUGGGUCAUUGGAUGCAGUGAGUUUUCGUGGGAAAAUGGACGAAGAUGUGAUCCACAUUGACUUGGAAGGUCAAAAGUGGGAAAAAUUCCCGUACGUACAUCUUGGGUUUGCUUGAAAUUGGCUUUCUUGAGUUCGGUCUGUAAUGCGACUUUUAACGCCAUGUUUGCUUCUUGUGGUUUUCAUCCCCGAUAACGAGUUGGUGGAAUCUUGGUUGUGGGUUUAUUAUAUUCUCUCUUGCAGAAAACGCACCCCAUUUCUUAGACAAAAAUAGUAAAUUACAUCUCGAGUUAAUAUUGUUUCUUGGCGCUUGUACAAAGAAUGCAUGGAGAUGGGAUGAGUGUAUUACUGAAUCCACACAAGUUGGCUGAAAAAGAACUACUUGGAAUGCUUUCUUUUUGAUGUGGUGAAAUUCAACAUUGGAUUGCCGGAGAAGAUCAAAAAAAAAAAAAAAAAAAGAAAAAAGAAAAAAAAAAAAAAAUUAACCUAUGGAAGAAGGAAUAUGAUCAGACUGCCUGAAGAGGGUGUUAAAAGUACUUCUUGGUACUAGCUUUUUCAAGGCUUAGACUCUACAUUCACGACUAUCUCGUGAAGAAAGGCUUCAACGACAUUGCUUUGGCUUUCAAAUCUCAAUGUCUAGUACAAGACCCCAACGGUGAGUAUUUUGAACCCCAAUUAGAAUAAUCGCGUUAGGAAUCUGUAUUAUAUCUAAAUUUUAAUGUUAUUUUUUUGUUGAUAAUAUUGUUUUGUAGAUGUUCAAUCUUUGAUUGAUAUUCCCAAGAGCUUUCUCCUAGAAGGAUGGUCGCUCUUUCGUCAAUCAGAAAUUUGUUCAAAUUUUAUUAAGGUUUCGCACUUACGGAAGUGAUGUCUUCAACCCAUGAACAUGGAUUCAGUUGUUGCCAUUUCUCAUCCGACGGCAAGUUGCUCGCAUGCGCUGGUAGUUUAAACGACAAAGUGUAUGUAUUGGCAACAGCUACUUUGCAACCGAGCAUGGUUUUUGAAACUAAUCAGCUUGGAAUUACCGAUAUCCGCUUCAAUAGUAGCUCGUCUUUCAUUGCCACUUCAUCAAACCAAAUGGUGAAAAUCUGGGAUGCGAACAACGCUGGUCAAUUCGUUGGAAUGUUACAAGGCCAUAGGGGGGAUGUUCUUUCUUUGGAUUUUCAUCCCAAGGAAGAACAUAUCCUAUGCUCUUGUGACGACAAUGAAGAACUACGACGCUGGGACGUUAGAAGUGGUCUUUGCACCAAAAUAGUGAAGUUAAGAUUCCAACCAACUGUUGGAAAGUAUUUAGCAGCAAAUACUGAGAAAAAUGUCUCAUUAUUCGAUGCGACUACGUUGGUCUUUCAACAUUGUUUAGAGGGCCACGACGGGCAGAUAAAUUCUAUUUGUUGGAGAGAGUGUGGAGAUGCACUGGCUUCUUUGAGUGCAGAUUGUGCGAAGGUGUGGAGACUGGAAACACGGGAGUGUUUGUAUAAGAUUGGCCGCCAAACAGAUGGCUAUUUUAAAUGUUGUGUAUUCGAUCCUGUGUAUCAGCGUUGUUCUCUUGUUAUCGGCCGUUCCCAGUAUUUGGAGCUCUGUAAAUUGGCCACGUCGGGAGUCGUAUCGACGAAGAGCACAUCGGGACAUGGUGGAAUUGUAUCUAUUGUCGAUGCUUCAAGAGCAGUAGGUCUACUUGCAUCCGUUUGUGUUGCUGACAUGACUGUCAAGUUGUGGAACAUUUCGCUGUGUGCCUUGAUUUGAGUAUAGUCUCGUAUCGUUUUUAGUUUCACAUUUGAGCUCUACCCUUUUUGCUUAUAAUUCGUUUGUACUGCAAAGAGGCUUUUUGAACUAGGCUUUGCGCAUUUUCGACAAUCUUCUUACAUACACACAAACUUUUUACUCACCCACACAAUAUCUGAAAUGUUAUUCAUAGUGCGGGUUUUACUAAACGAGCAAUUAUGAUAA